UUAUUGUGGAGUAAAAGUAGGUCAGUGUCUUGUGUACGUAUUUUAUACGACGUGCAUGCACGAUCUAGCGCGCACUCGUCAAAUUCCCCCAAGAACGUCCCCGGCCCCGACGAUUGAUUGGAUUUCUUGUCGAAGCAAAUCGAGUACCGAAAUCACCAUGCAUUGCUGUCGCCUUUUGACAGUAUUCAGGCACUUCGGGACCGGUGCCAACUCGGGAAAUGGUUUAGCUUUUAGACGGUUGACUAAUGUUGGCAAAAAUUCCGUGGCUUUCAGAUAUUCACGGGGGUAUUCAUCUGCAUGCAGUGCGAGUACUAAUUACGGCCGGUGUUCGACUUCGAGCCGUGGUGGUAGGAUUUUUGCCCCGGCGCGAUAUUUGUCCCGUUGCACCCCCUCGUGGACCGGGUCCCAAGACUCUGACAAACCGACCGGAUCGAUUCUUGAACUCCAGCCCAACGAUUUUGUGGACUUUCUGAAGGAGAAGAAGAUCCGGCGGUGUUUCGUGGUGUAUGACAGUCGGGCCGGUGAGGUGCGGGUGUCGCACCCAGAGCUGGAGGAGUUGGUGCGCUUCUCCCGUGAAGACCGGGUGGAUUACGACAACCAUGAGGCCGUGUUCCUGGAGGUCGGCGCCCGGUCGGGAUGUCUCCUGGGUGCAUUUGUCUGGAGGACAAACAGGGGCCAGGCUUGUGGGGGUAUCAGACUGUGGGACUAUGCCAACAUGGAGCAGUACCUGAGGGAUGGACUACGGCUAGCCCAGGGAAUGGGAGUCAAAUCAGCCCUGGCUGGUCUAUGGGUUGGUGGUGGCGUUAGUGUUGUCUGUGAGCCAAGGGAGCGGUUGUCUUUGCUCUCUGACCUCCGUGCUUCGCUCAUGGCCGACUGCGGCUGCUUUCUGUCUGACCUCAAUGGAUGCCUUGUGGCUGCUGAGGACGUGGGUUUGAAUGUAAUAGAUUUGGACAACGUUCACAUGUUCUCUCGCUACACAACGUGUAUCUCUGAAGACAAGGGGGGCUCCGGUAAUCCUUCGGUUGCAACUGGGAAAGGUGUAAUAUGUGCAAUGGAAGGUGCCUUGGAUUUCUUGCACAUGGGUACACUGGAGGGCAAGAGGAUUGGAAUCCAGGGGGCAGGCAAUGUCUCCACCAUUGUCGUUGAGGAGCUUCUGAAGAAGAACGUCUCCCACAUCUACGUGACAGACUGCCACAUGAACAGGGUGACAGACAUGAGGAAUCGCUUCCCUGGGGUGACUGAUAUUCUGCAGGUUGAGAAAGUUCCCCUGGACGAUAACGGAGUACUAGCCUAUCCCUGUGACAUCAUAUCUCCCUGUGCACUGGGCAAUAUUCUGAAUGCAGAUACCAUCCCUACCAUUAAUGCCAAGAUAGUAUGCGGUGCAGCUAACAACCAGCUAGGCUCUCCUGAAGAUAAUCUGCUUCUAAAAGAGCGAGGAAUCACAUACAUCGUCGACUAUUUGGCCAACAGAAUGGGUAUUGUGAACUGUGCCAAUGAAACCUACGGAAGGCUUCCGGAUGAUCCGGCCAUUAACAGGCACUUUGGUCGGGAAUGGGACAAUUCUAUCUUUCUGAUGACCAAAAAGAUGCUGAAGAAAGCCCAGUCCGAGGACAUCACUCCAGUCGAGGCAGCCAACGCCAUCGCAGACAAACUCAGUCUGGAGCUGCAUCCAAUAUGGCCGCAGCGUAGCCAGCAAAUCAUUCAGGCACUCGUGGACAACAACUGGCACCUUGGGUAAACAUAAUGGCUUAAAACUGUGUCAUUAAACCUAACCCCCUAGUACUUCCUCAGGACUACCUUGCUAAAUCCAACAGAGUCCAGCAGACUUUCCUGUUCAGUCCACUGUGCCUCAUUUUCAGUUGUCUGCUGAAUCCAACGGAGUCCAACAAUGCG